AUGGGUCAUAAGAGAACUGCAGAACAAGCAAAGAGGUCUUUAAAAAGGCCAAGAUCGACGAAGAAGGAGGAGAAACUCAGUAAGGUAAUUUCCGAAACUUCUUUCUCGUCAAAUGAUGAUAACUCUUCUAAGUCAGAUUUAUCAAGCGAGAGUGAUGAUAAUAAUAAUAUUAAUGACGAGAAAGAGAAUAAGGAGAACGAAGAUGCAUCCUCGUCAAAGGAAUCACAUGAAAAUCAGAAGAAAUUAUUGCAGGAAAGGAAAAAGAAUAGGAAGUCGGGUAUUGAGGUUGAACAGAUCAAGCGUUUAUGGGAGAAGUUACGUGUUCGAAACCCCCCUGUUCCAAGCGAUGUUAGAAAGAAGCUAUGUGAUGAAACAUGGAAACUUUGCGAAGGUGUGAUUGGUGAUUUGGUGCUAAAGCAUGAUGCUUCGAGAGUCGUGCAGACAUUGGUUAAAUUUUCCGAUAAAGAGAGAAGAGAUAAAAUUUGCAAGGACUAG